UUCACCUUGUAUCUUUACACCAUGGUUCGUAAUCUAAAACGCGGGCACGUCGGCUUUUCUGGAUUUGGCGAACGUAACCAAGCGUCAAGCUGGACGUAGAGCGUCGAGGGCGAGCGCGACGCCCAAUUUGUCUACUGUGCCAAUCUGUCUCUGGUGUGAACGAAAGAGAAAAGGGGCAGCGGAUGAGAUGCGUCGCCCGGGCGUGAAUAUUCACGAUGCGUCGGCGCGUUUCCGGGAGCUUUGACGAGCGGGCAUGGGGACAGGAAACAGGAGGCGCGCCGAUUGGCAAGUUGUACAUCUGAUUUGUCGCAUUCGCACAAUAACAACAACAACGGUAUCAACAACGACAACGACGACGACGGGGUGCCACUUUUCUCGAGGAGUCGACCUGGAAUAACGUUUUCAUCGUGAUCCUGCGGGCAUCAUGACGCCGCGACUGGCGCGGGAAAAGCACGUCAAGUACUUCGAGAGGUUACUGCAGGUGAUGCCUAGCAGCCUAGCGGACUUCGACUCCACCAGGCCGAUGAUAGCGUACUUUGCGUUCUCCGGCCUGGACCUGCUGAAUUCGCUGGACGAGAUCGGCGAGUGCGCCAAGUCCAGGGCGAUCAACUGGAUCUACCGGCUCCAGGUCGAGCAGGCUGGCCCGCGUUCCGGCUUCCAAGCGUCCACGACGAUACCAAAGGACAUUCCCGAGUACCAGUGUGGUCACUUGGCGAUGACGUACACCAGCCUGGUGACGCUACUGAUCCUCGGCGACGACCUCAGCCGAGUGGACAGGCGGUCCAUCGUCGAGGGGGUCCGCGCCUGUCAGAAUCCCGACGGGUCUUUCACCGCCAUGGUCAUAGGGUGCGAAAGCGACAUGAGAUUUCUCUACUGCGCGUCUUGCGUCUCUGCGAUUCUAGACGAUUGGUCGGGUGUGGAUAUCCCGAGGGCUGUCGACUACAUUUUACGAAGCAUCUCAUACGACGGUGGUAUUGGGCAAGGACCCGGUCUCGAAUCUCACGGGGGCUCCACGUUCUGCGCCGUGGCGAGCUUGUUCCUGAUGCGGGAGCACAUUAACGUAUCGGACGUGUUGACGUGGGAUCGUUUAGCCCAGUUAAAGCGCUGGUGCCUUAUGAGACAGGACGAUGGAUUUAACGGCAGGCCUGGGAAACCGUCCGACACGUGUUACAGCUUCUGGGUUGGUGCUACGCUCGAGCUGCUGGAGUUCCUCAAUUUUUCCGACGCCGAACAGAAUAAAACGUUUAUCCUCAAUACGCAAGACACGCUCGUCGGGGGACUGGCGAAGUUCGAUAAUACUCGACCCGACCCUUUGCACACGUAUUUAGGUCUGUGCGGUUUAAGUCUCUUGGGACAGCCUGGUCUGUGUUCGAUAAACCCCGAACUUAAUAUCUCCCAACGAGCUUACGAGCAUCUGCAACGGAUUCAUAAAAAGUGGCGGGGCGAAUGAUUUCGGUGUAUAGACGUUCGUGGGAUUAGCGGUCAUAUCAGAAACGCACAGUACUUAAUAUAUCAGAUCAGACACUUUUACAUUCGGUCGUAACUCGUCCGUUCGCAUCUCAUCGCAUUCUCUGUGCUAAAGUCAUUCUAAAGUCGUCAAUUAAUACUGCUACAAUAAUCACGACAUGGACAGUAAUGUUUUUGAUUUAUAUUAUUUGGGGCUGCUUGUUGGAUGCUUGUUACACAUAUAUAUAUAUAUAAAUAUAAAGUAUAUAGAUAUAUAUAGAUAUAUAUAGAUACAUUGAUAGAAAAAGGAUAUUAAUAAAAAAAAGAUUUAGCUUAGUCUUUGCAAUUUGCGGUUUUUAUUCCGAUAUUAAACUGUCGAUUUUAUUAAGAUU